UGCGUCUUGCAAUCUUUGCUUGUCACUCAUGUCAUGUGAAUAGACAGACUGACUGAACAGGGAGCGAACAAGGCAACAUAAUAACAGAAGUCCUCGCUGGUCCGACUGACUGGGCUGGGGAGGAACCUCCCUGCUAUUCCAGAUGUCUGGUGGGAUCUUCUCCCCUUUGGAUCAUCUCUACGACCCAGACAGUGCCAACUGCCACCCGCUGGUGUGCCACUUGUGUCACGGACAGUAUGAGCACCCUUGCCUGCUGGAUUGCUACCAUACCUUCUGCGCUAGCUGCCUGCGGGGCAGAGCCCAGGACGGUCGGCUAACAUGCCCCCUGUGUGGACACCAGACUGUUGUUAAAGGCAUCAGUGCUCUCCCCCAAGAGGACCGUCUCCUGAAGUUCCUGGUGGAUAACUCUACUAGCGAGGAGACCGUGCAGUGCGCAAACUGUGACUUGGAGUGCAAGAAGCAGGAUGUGGAUGCAAUGUAUUAUUGCAACACUUGUAACCAGCCCCUGUGUGGAGACUGCAAGGAGAGCACCCACAAGGCCAAGAUGUUCUCCCGACACGAGAUCGUCUCCCUGGCCAAGCGCACCAAAGACGCCCACAAAAAAUGUGCCCUCCAUGAGGAGUUCUACAUCAUGUUCUCCACAGAGAAGAAGUCCAUGCUGUGCAUCAACUGUUUCAGAGACAUGCAAGUGGAGAGCAGAGCACACUGCAUUGAUAUUGAGACAGCAUAUAUGCAAGGCUGUGAAAAAUUGGACCAAGCCGUCCUAGCAGUGAAGGAGCUGCAGACGUCAGCGCGUGAGGCCAUCGUGCUGCUGAAGGCCAUGAUAGGGGAGGUGAGGGCCAACGUGGACGAGGAGGAGAGCGCCAUCUGCACACUCUUCAGCAGCAUGCAGGAGAAACUGGCUGAAAGAAAGAAAAUUCUCCUCAAGGCUGCAAAAAGUCAGCAUGAGGAGAAGGAGAGAGCUUUCAAAGAGCAGCUGUCCCAUUUAGCAGCCCUCCUUCCUACCCUGCAAGUUCACCUUGUGACAUGUUCUGCCUUCCUCAGUUCGGCCAACAAAUUCGAGUUUUUAGACAUGGGUUAUCAACUGAUGGAGAGGUUGAAAAAGAUUGCAAAACUGCCUCACAGACUGCGGCCAACUCAGAGCAGUAAGAUAAAUUCGGAGUACCGGUCAGAGUUCGCUCGCUGCCUGGAGCCCUUGCUGCUGAUUGGUCAACGCCGCUCCGUCUCCGGGAGCGUCUCGGGACUCGGCCACGGCAACGCCACUGGACUAUUGCAGUCGUCCCUGUCUGCACCGUGCCACUGCCCUGCAGACCGUGACCUGCCCCUGAGCGCCUCGGUGGUGCGCAAGCCCACGGCCCACCGCUACAUCAGCACCAAGGUCCUGCUAGCCGAGGGGGAUGAGACGCCCUUUACGGACCACUGCCGCACCUACGAGGAGAGCUACAAGACCCUCCAGAGUGAGAUCCAGAUGCUGAAAGACCAGGUGCAGGAGGUCCACAGGGACCUGACCAAGCACCACUCCCUCAUCAAGUCCCACACCAUGAACGACAUCCUGGACAAGUCCGUAAAAGUGGACAGCGAGAUCUCCACCGAAUACUCCUCUGUGGAGAAGAUGAGGGCCAUGUUUGAAGAGGUUUGGGAGGAGACUUUUCAGAGGGUAGCAAAUGAACAAGAAAUCUAUGAGGCUCAGCUCCAUGACCUGCUGCAGCUGAAACAGGAGAACUCCUACCUCACCACCAUCGCCAGGCAGAUCGGACCCUACAUCCACUCCAUCGCCAAGGUUAAGGAGCGCAUCCAACCCAGGCGAAAAGACCCCAAGGUGUGUAAGGAUGACCGGACGGAGACAAUGGUCAAAAUCUAUGAUGACAGCAGCACUACUGACUCAAGGCAAGUGCUUCAUUCAUUUAUGGUAAUACCUGUAACUGUGCAUAGCAGCUCUGCUAACAAAGUAAGGAUAGACCGAUGUGUGGACAGCAAGAAUGACACGUCUAGCGCCGAGGGCGAGGGUCAUGAGAAGGUUGUGGAGAACCCGUCGCUGCCGGACGAGGCUGGACCCAAGACCAAGGACCACCACAGAGCUAGCAGGCAGAAGAGCCCCACAGAACUAGUAACAUGCCGCAAGGAGCCACCCAUUUAGCAGCACCCACACAUUAAAGCACAUCACAGCAGGGUAGACACGUUUCAGCCUAAGACAGGCGCGUUUGCAGAGGACAUGGUGUAGUAGUAAUAAGUGCCGUAAUGAGAACAAGCUUGAGAGUGCAUGAUUUUGCUUUAAUUGGAUCUUUUAACCUGGAAGCUUUUUUUCCCAUUUAGCACACACACCAAUUCUCAGCAAAAGACAUCACAGGGCCAUUUCACAGAGACUGGGCCAACGAUGACUGUCUGGAGCACACAGGAUGUUUUUCAGUUAUUAUUGUGGUUGGAGACUAAAGAAGAAGCGCUGAAUCGACAUGUUAGUCAUGCUUGCACCAUUAAUAAAAUAACUGAAAAAAUGUAUCCUUUGUGCUCCAGUCAUCCUUGGCCCAGUCUCUCUGAAGGGGACCAACUUGUUUCCUAAUCCUCCUGUCUACAGUCCUGCACUGUGAGCACCAAUAAGGCUAAAGCACAAGUGACCUCCUUUCCCAACACCACAGGGCCAUGCCUGUGAAGAUUCCCAUUCAUCCAGGUCAUGUUAUCCAAAUGAGUCAAUUGACUUGGCAACAGAGCUGGACUUCAUUCAAUCUGGAGUCCUGACUGAUUCCAAUUUUCUGACACUUUCAAUUCGCUUUUAUCCAGAGCACCGUACAGUUAUUUAGGUACAGGAUAGUAGUUAUAGUCCCUGGGACAAUGUGAGGUUAGGUGUUUGUGUUGCUCAUACGCAUUUCACCCCUGGAUGGGGGUAUUGGAAAUGGGAAAGCCCCCCAAAAGCUGCUCGGUGCUGCUUGACAGGUAGGCCAGACCAUUCAUUUUGAAUUACUUGGGGACGGUUUAGUCGUCCUCCAGGCGGCCCACCAAUAGGCGAACGCACGUGGACACAUAACAUACAGUACGUCAUGAACAUCAACUGUCAGCAAUUGAUCACAGCAGGUUUCAAACCAGAGCUGAUCUCACUCAUCCUACCCAAGCACUCCAGGGCAUUGAGGAUCCAGUCCAAAAAUGAAUUACUAAGUAAUUAGUGUGGUCUGGUAAAACCAGGCUAGCUUGACAGUGGGGAAACCAGAGACGAUUGAUAGAUGAGGAGGAGACUGUUCAUAAGGAGUUUCUUCCAGUAUUAGCAUGACGGAAUAUUCUAAGCUGCCAUACUAUGGCAGCCACACCCCUUUAGGAGACGAGGAGAAUCAAUGGGGUUCAAUGGUAAAGUCACACCCAUUAAGAAGACGGGACUUUAUCCCACUUCACUGCAUUGGAAACGCAUGCUACAGUCAGGGCCACUGACAGCUUGUGCCGGUCCCUCAGGAUAAAAAACUCUAAAAGGGCUCCCAAUCCAAGACGUGCAAUUUAAUGAAAAGCCAAUUUUGGGGCCCCUCUCUCCCUGGGCCCGGGACAACUGACCCCGUUGUCCUCCCCCUACCGCAGGGAUGAGGAAGGAAAUGCCCUUUCAUAAUCCAAAAUGAUCUCCAGUUACGCUACUUACAGCUGAACCCUAGGACACCAACGAUCAUGAUGCAGCCCAAGUGAUGGUCAACCUUCAGUAUAUUUAACUGAGUUUUUCAGGGCAGAUUCCAAUAGCAUAAGUAGAUGCCAGUCUAGUCUGUGCAAAUAAAAUCAGUUUCAAAUAAAGUCAAGUUAAUGUCGUGAUGUUAGUUUUGUGACAAUGUAUAGACACGUUGACGGGAGUAUGACCAUGGUGACAGGAGUAGAAAUAAAGGUUGUAUUUCAUCUAUGUACCAUAUUUCAAUCCAGCUGCUUUUAAACUUGAAAGUAUCAGGAAGAAAUGUAAUUAUAGGAAAUGAUGGGAAAAUACAUCAUUUUUUGUCAUAUCACCUUCUUCCAAAGCAUGAAAUAGACAUACAUUAUGAAAUGUUUUGUCAAAAAAUUACAUCAUUCACUUCAAACUGAUUAAACAUGAACUUUAUUUCACACAUUUGAAAUGUUUCCAUUUUUCUUCUUUUUUUAUUUCAAUUUUGAAAACGUGAGUAAAUGCACAGUAAUCACCUAGGAAGUAAACUCUUUUUUUUCCUCCACAGUAAAAUUCCCUAAUAGGUCUGCGUUUGUAUUAUAGUGCAAGUCAACCAUCAUCUAAAAAAAAAAAAAUCUGCAUCCCGUCAGCAAUAUCACAGAUAGAUACCUACCACAUGUGCUCAUGUUCACAAUAACCCAGGACCAUUGUGUAUACUUAGUGCUCUUAAUUCGUUUAAGUGUGCUGAGCAGUCAGUUUCCAUUACUCCACACAUAAUCUGUGUGCACAUCAAACACCAAAUCCAGUCAGUGCAUUUCCGGUUUGGCCUUGCCCUGCCAAGCCCAGCCCAGCCCAGCCAAGCCACGUCAGGCAAAACAAAUCAAUACCCGAUGAAUCUCUUCCCUUAAACCCAAGCAAGUUGAGGAGUGCUGAGGCAGCUGCGCAUCAGCCUUCAUUCUCAGGUCAGGUCCACUGUGCUACUGGAAUCAGUGCUGCUGUUGGUUUCAAGACUUUGAGAUGGUUGAACACAAGGAGUGGGGGGUGACGAAGAUGAAUGAGUGGGAAUGAAGAUGAAAUAAACAAACAAAAAAUAUAUAGAAUUUAAAAAAACCUCAGAAGAAUUCCCUGAAUAAAGCAUCAACCUCUGGAAAGCACGUAUAUUUUGGUUUAUUCCAAGACCAGGUCACUCUUGCAGACAAGCUACAAAGGUCUGCUACAACUGGCCCUUGACUCAAAUAAGUUUUCUUUAAUUUCAAAUGCCACACUGAAAGGAUCACAAUCACUACUCAAUGCUUCAUGUAGAAAAUCCUCUGAAUAAUUUAAAUCCGCAACACAAUUCCUCAGAUGUUCCACAGCUAACAGCAUUAUUUAUGUCCAUCAUCAUAAUCAUAAAAUCAAGCGUGACCAGCACGGGCCACCACAACAACCAAGCACACAGAUUGCUUCUCGCAUUCGCCACAAAUAUUGGAAACAUUUUAAAUAACCAUCAUCACUCCACAAAGUCAGAUAAAAACUUGCUAACGAAACAGUAGUAAAACAGGACAUGGCUUUGAAUAUGAACUUCAGCUAACACAUCUGAAUGGAAAAA